UUGUCAUUUAACAGCAUUGGUUGCAUUAUUUUGAUCCCACCCUUAUAUGACUGAAAACUUGUUGAAGAAGACAUUUAACCCGAACACACACACACAUAUCAAUUGUGUUGUUACGAUGUUAAAGUCAACAAAACAAACAAACUUCCUGUCGCUAAUAAUCUUAUAAUUUCCAUUGCAGAUUUUCGGCGAUAUCUCGAGUAUAGAAUACAAGGAAAUACAGGCACUGUGGAAGUUUGCAUUCUUUUAAUAAACGGGAAGCGUUCAAAGCUUACGGAUAGCAAUAUUACAAAUGCGAGGGGUGGAAAUAUUUUGCAGCGAUAUGCAGAACGAAGUAACAUGGUAACGAUAUAGGCUAUUCAAAGAGAAGUCGCAACAGGGAUUUAAGAAAGACGACGAAAAGAAUAUAAAGCUAUAACGAAAGAACUGAUGAUGAAUUUUAUGAAUGCAGUAUACGGUUAAUUUAAUGUUUGAACUUUAUAGGUUUAGUACAUGUGUAUAUCAUUAUUAUGUGUAUAUGGUCAAGGUUAAUUUAAUACAGGUUUUAACAGAUAUGAAUGAGCAUUUAACAUGAUGUUGUGAGUACACAAUUGCUUACACACGAGUGAGAUUAUAACACAGGCAUGCGAUCCUACAUCAUAUAAUAUGGCCAACUUUAACGAGAGAUAUAAAGCAGCUAUGGUUUUGGGUGCAGUUGGUGAUUCUUUAGGAUAUCGCAAUGGACAAUGGUUGGAAUGUACCAGUGGAAGACAAAUAUACACAGAACUAACGAAGCUGAAUUUAGAAGAAAUAAAUGUCAAACCACCAGAGUGGAAAACGAGUGCAUGUACAAUAAUGCACAUUUCUACGGCAUAUUCGCUUGCCAAAAAUGUGAACAAAAUACCAAAUAAAGAGUUAUUUAGAAAUAUAGCUACAUCGUACAAAAUGAGUUUUGAGGACAUUAACGGAAGACAUCCUGAUGAAACAUGCUUAAAUUCGUGUAAGAUUUUACGAACAGUUGAUGCUGUAGAUGGGUAUAUCGUUCCAUUUGAUGAUAAAGGCUUCAGCAACGCGGCUGCUGUCAGAACUAUGUGUCUAGGCCUCAUGCACCACAAUCCUGAUGAAUUUAAUCAACUUAUAGCUAAAAGUGUAGAGUGUGGUCGGAUGACACACCAUCAUCCUACAGGAUACCUUGGAGCAUUAACUACGGCAUUAUUCACAUCGUUUGCGAUACAACGUAAACCCAUUGAACAAUGGGGACAUGCCUUGCUGGACACUCUUCCCGUCGCUUUAGAGUAUAUCCGGAAAACAGGGAUUGCUGUAAAAGAAAAUGAUGCUUCGUUUGGAGAUUUUACAAAAGUAUGGGAAAAUCAUCUGAAAAGGCGAAAUAUUGCAAGUGGUAAUUCACAAGCAAACUUCUAUAACCGAUUUGAUUUUGAGAAAAAUGAUGAGUACUAUAGGUCUAUUUCUUUAGACGGAAUUCCAGGAAGCAGUGGUUUUGACGCACCGUUAAUUGCCUACGAUGCAAUUCUUUUCUGCAAUAGGAACUGGUUGAAUUUGUGUGUUGGCGCAAUUUGCAACGGUGGAUACAGCAAUGUUACUGGGUGUAUCGCAGGGUGUUGGUAUGGUGCCUUGUAUGGAUAUCAGGGUGUCAAUGAACGCAAUUACUCGAAAGUAGAGUUUAAGACAAAGUCACAAGCCAUAGGAGAUACUAUUCAAAGACUUUCCUAUCCUCAUUACGACAUUUAUAUUCAUACCUUAGAGGGAGGGGAAAUGGUCGAAGAAACUACCAUGAUAUAUGAACGGGUACAGCAAAGAGCAAAUGACGUUUCCAUGGAAGUCAUUAUUUCCAAAGAUGAAGAAAUUGAUAUCACGGAAGCAGUACAGAAAAAGGUCAGCGCCCUUCGGUCAAACGUAACGUCAGAAGAAGGAGUAAAGAUAGGAAAUGCAAUCUUCGUUCACGUUAAACGUUUUAUAGAUGAAGUAGGAAAACUGUUCCCUGAAUUUCGAGCAUCUGAAAUAAUAAAGGUUGGCAGUUUCUAUGAAGGCACGAAAAUUAAAUGCGCAGAUGAGUUUGACUUCAUUAUUGUGUUAGCCGACUUCUCAAAACCUGGUUCAAUUGUGAUAAAAGGAGAAAGAUCAUCGUAUGAAAGUAUAACUAUUCAACAUGAACUGUUUUGUGACUGUUCGUCAUUAUCAGAGACGUCUACACACCAAACUCCAGCGAGUAGGUUAUAUAUUAGAUUUGCUUCCGUUUUUUACCAAGUCGUAAUGAACAAAGGACAGAUGACUAAAAUACAAGCAGGAUUUAUUACAAUGGAUGAAGAUGAAAUGGUCGAACUACCUACGGUAGAUGGAUUGCAAAUGAAAGUUAGACUGUACAGGGCACAAUUUCCAAACAUAAUUUUACAGUUUGUAUAUAAAAAAAUGCAGGUCUGUGUAGAUUUAACACUCGCAUUAGAAUAUUUUGAUAUCAAAGAUUGUCUGAACAUGGAAUCCAUUCCUGUGCACGAGUUAAAAAGCAUAAUACAGACACAGAAGACAGUUUUAUUUGUAGUAUAUGACGAAAUAUUCAGACCUACUUUAACCCCGGUUGAGGUCGAAUAUAUAAGAAACAGUAUGCUUCAGAAGCACAAAAUAAUAUACAUGUUGUUGAAGUAUAUAAAUGGAAUGUAUGCUGAAAAUAACUUCUUGGAACAAGCAGGAUAUCAGCCUUUCUCCUCUUACAUGUUAAAAACCAUCUGUUUAUACCACGAACAUACUUGUACGACACCAGGCCAUAAAAGCUACGACUCUUGUUUAAGUGCCAUUCUGUACAUAAUGAAAGAAAGUAUAGAAAAUGGAUACCUUGUCUCUGCCGAAUGUAUAAAUGAAAUAUGCGUUGGCUAUUUGCCUAGCGUUUUUGACAUAAAAAGAAAUUUGUAUAAUCAACCACGAAAAACCGUUGAUAUUUUGGUGGAGCUAAGGAAAUGUAUGGUAUGUGAUUUGAAAAGUGUUUUUGAACAUGGGCGAAAAUGGCAAAAUCUUGAGGACUUCGACAAGGAAAUUAAGCUACACAUUGAAAAGUCAGUUGAGUCUGUUUGUACAAAGACGUGGUCUGAUUUUAAGUAUCUGUUGCCGGUAUACAGGAAGCCCCCGGCCUAAGUGGCCGAUACCAGUAUUUAUUACUGCUUACCCCGCACUGCUACUGACUGGACUGAGAGAUGUUAACCUUUGGAACUGCAAAUUCUGACCUUUUCUCUGAGGUCAAGAUUGAAAUGUCAUUGAUGGUAGAAAUACAUUUUCCAUUAAUGAAUGAACUAGACAAAGUGACAGCUAAAAUGAUAUUGUUUUUUGUUGUUUUUUGUGUUUUUUGUUUUGUUUUUGUUUUGUUUUGUUUUUGCCGUUUGCGAGUUAUUGUUCGCAAAGUAUCGAGAUAUAAUCAACUUCUGAUUUUGAUAGCGUUUAUUUAAUUUCGUUUACAUGGCGUUAGAUUCAUUUACUUUAUAAACAUCGUCUUUCACAUACUCGUUGGUUGGUGUGUGCGUUUAUUAUGCUCAUAUCAGAUGUUUGUAAUACUAGAUAUAAGAAUGGCUGUGAAAAUGUUAUGCUUAUAUUAUGUGUUUUAAUGUGCAGUUACACACUGAAAUCUUAUUUGACAGAUAUCUAAAAACUGUUUAACUACAAAUCAUAAAAUAAAAAGUACGAUUUCCCAUUUUUUAUCUUUAAAACAACAAUUUGUCGCUUAAAUAAAUUCAAGAGCAUCGUUUUUUAUAUAUACUGUCAGUCAAUAUCAGAAAGUAAUGUAUUUAAAUGAAGAAUUCCAAACAAAACAUCUAUCUGAGCGGUAACAAGUAAAAUUGAACCACAUAAAUGUUUAAACACUAUAGAUACAAAUAGAAAUCUACUUCGCAAAACUUUACAAAUAGGUUGUAAUGUAAUAAAUACUAUUCCCUGUAUAUUCUAUUAAUGCAUAGCAAUUUUACAAAUCCUU